AUGCAGGCUUACACCGAGCUUGCGGCUCCCUCAGCCGUAACACACUCCUUGACCGUCUCUCUCACUUCAGCUACAGCUACCAAUCUCGUUGUCGCAAAGGGUUCCCUACUCCAAAUCUUUACAACAAAGGCCAUCUCCGCCGAAUUCGAUCCCGAGAACCAACCUGCCCAGACGGCAAAGCCUGAACCUGAAUUUGAUCACCGCGCGAACGACGAUGAUGGGCUCGAGUCUUCGUUCCUCGGCGGCGAGACAAUGCUUGUUCGAACGGAUCGCACGAACCUCACGAAGCUAGUUCUUGUCGCGGAGCUUCCACUCUCCGGCACCGUGACGGGGUUGGCAAAGGUCAAGACGAAGCACUCGAAAUGUGGCUGUGAAGCUCUCCUGAUAGCAUACAAAGCCGCGAAAUUAUGUAUGGCGGUAUGGGAUCCUGAGAAGAGCAACCUCGAGACCAUUUCCAUCCACUACUACGAAAAAGAAGAACUACACGGCGCGCCAUGGGAGGUUUCUUUCGACGAAUAUACCAAUUACCUCGAAGCGGAUCCCGGCAGUCGAUGCGCCGCCUUCCAGUUCGGCUCACGCAACCUCGCGAUCCUACCGUUCAGACAAGUGGAAGAAGACUUGGAAAUGGAUGAUUGGGAUGAGGAUCUCGAUGGACCACGACCCGUCAAGGAGUCUACUACAGUCGCCAAUGGAGAUAGCGACACAUUAGAACCAGCGUAUACACCAUCUUUUGUACUCCGUCUUCCGCUGCUUGAUCCCAGUCUGCUUCAUCCCGUGCACUUCGCUUUUCUGCAUGAGUAUAGAGAACCGACUUUUGGUAUUCUGUCUUCCAGCCAGGAGCGAGCGCAUUCCCUUGGCCAGAAGGAUCACUUGACCUACAAGGUGUUUACGUUGGAUUUGCAGCAGCGAGCUUCGACGACUAUUCUUUCGGUUACCGAUCUUCCUCGGGAUUUAUUCAAGAUUAUCCCGUUGCCAGCGCCUGUUGGUGGUUCGUUGUUGAUCGGAGAGAAUGAGCUGAUCCAUGUCGAUCAGUCUGGCAAGUCCAAUGGUGUGGCGGUGAACUCAAUGGCUCGGCAGAUUACUUCGUUCAGCUUGACGGAUCAGGCGGAUCUUAACCUAAGAUUGGAGCACUGUAUCAUUGAGACACUGUCAAUUGAGAACGGCGAGCUCUUGCUCGUUCUCAACGAUGGUCGCAUUGGAAUAGUUACGUUCCAGAUUGAUGGCAGAACAGUCUCUGGUCUUACCGUCAGGAUGGUCGCAGAUGAGAACGGCGGCAAUCUGAUCAAGAGCCGCGCAUCGACAGCGUCGAAACUUGGCAAGAAUGCGUACUUUGUUGGUAGUGAAGUUGGCGAUUCUGUGGUGUUGGGCUGGACGAGAAAGAUGGGACAGGAAAAGAGACGAAAGCCGAGACUUAUCGAUGCGGAGAUUGGGUUGGAAAUGGAUGAUUUGGAUCUCGAGGAUGAGGACGACGAGGACGACGAUUUGUACGGCACCGAAUCUGCUGCUGCGAAACCGGCUCAGGCUCUCAAUGGUGGAGGUAAAGCGGGCGAGUUGACUUUCCGCAUUCACGAUACCCUACUCAGCAUCGCCCCGAUCAAGGACCUGACAGCUGGCAAGCUGUCGCUCCAUCCUGAUAGCGAAGAGGCAACUCUGUCACAAGGCGUCAUUUCGGACCUCCAUCUCGCGUGCGUCGUCGGCCGUGGAAAAGCCGGUUCACUGGCCAUUCUCAACCGCAACAUCCAGCCCAAGAUCAUUGGCAGGUUCGAGUUCCCCGAAGCGAGGGGCUUCUGGACCAUGUCUGUCAAGAAGCCAAUGCCCAAGGCUCUCGGUGGAAAUGUUGGCGUGGGUAAUGAGUACGAGACAUUUGGACAGCAUGACAAGUACAUGAUAGUCGCUAAGGUCGAUCUUGACGGUUAUGAGACUUCAGAUGUGUAUGCUCUUACUGGCGCAGGCUUCGAGACUCUCAAGGAUACUGAAUUUGAUCCCGCGGCUGGGUUCACUGUUGAGGCUGGAACGAUGGGCAAGCAGAUGAGGAUCAUCCAAGUCCUCAAAUCUGAGGUUCGAUCCUACGAUGGAGAUCUCGGCCUCACUCAGAUCCUGCCGAUGCUCGAUGAGGAAACUGGCGCUGAACCCCGAGUCACCAGCGCCAGCAUUGCUGAUCCUUACCUCCUACUCAUCCGCGACGACAGCAGCCUUAUGCUGGCACAGAUCGAUAGCAACAAUGAGCUGGAGGAAGUGGAAAAGAUGGACGCUACUCUGCAAAACACAAAGUGGCACUCUGGGUGUCUAUAUGCUGAUACAAAGGGUGCUUUCCAACCGAGCGUCGGCGACAAGGGUGCAGAGACUGAGAAGAUCAUGAUGUUCUUGCUCAGCUCGACUGGCGCGCUCCAUGUUUACGCACUCCCCGAUCUCUCCAAGCCCGUUUACGUUGCCGAAGGUCUCAGCUACGUGCCUCCUCACCUUUCAGCAGACUACACACUACGACGUGGUCUAGCAAAAGAGAACCUCCGUGAGAUUCUUGUCGCUGACCUCGGCGACACCACCUCUCAAUCUCCAUACCUCAUUCUCCGCAACCAAACCGAUGACCUCACAAUCUACGAACCUAUUCGCCAUAUAAGAGAAGGCGAAACCAGUCUCUCUGCCACCCUCUCCUUCAAAAAGACUUCCAACACAACAUUAGCCACAAUCCCCAUAGAGACAGAACAGGACGACGUCGAACAACCACGCUUCGUCCCUCUCCGACCAUGCGCAAACAUCAACGGCUACAGCACCGUCUUCCUUCCCGGCCCUUCACCAAGCUUCGUCAUAAAGUCCAGCAAGAGCAUCCCCCGCGUCAUCGGUCUUCAAGGCAUCGGCGUCCGCGGUAUGAGCACAUUCCACACCGAAGGCUGUGAUCGCGGCUUCAUCUACGCCGAUGAUAAGGGCAUCGCACGAGUAACGCAGCUCCCACCGGACACCAACUUCACCGAGCUUGGCAUCUCAGUCAAGAAAGUCCCUCUGGGCGCUGAUGUUCGCGGCAUCGCAUAUCAUCAACCAACAGGCGCAUACAUCGCAGGCUGCAUGAUAAGCGAACCCUUCGAACUCCCCAAAGACGACGACUACCACAAAGAAUGGGCCAAGGAAACACCCACCUUCCCACCGACCAUGCCCCGCGGCGUUCUCAAGCUCAUCAGCCCCGUUAGUUGGACCGUCAUCCACGAAGUUGAGCUUGAAUCCUGCGAAUCCAUCGAGUGCAUGAAAACUCUCCACCUCGAAGUCUCAGAAGAUACAAAAGAGCGUCGCUUCCUCGUCACAGUCGGCACAGCCGUCUCAAAGGGUGAAGACCUCCCCAUCCGCGGACGCGUGCACGUCUUCGACAUCGUAACCGUCAUCCCCGAGCCCGGCAGACCAGAAACCAACAAGCGUCUCAAAGCCAUCGCGCGCGAAGACAUUCCCCGCGGCGGCGUAACAGCCAUUUCAGAGAUUGGCACCCAAGGUCUCAUGCUCGUGGCGCAAGGGCAAAAGUGCAUGGUGCGCGGUCUCAAGGAAGACGGCUCCCUUUUACCUGUUGCGUUCCUCGACAUGAGCUGCCACGUAUCUACUGCGAGGGAACUCCCGCGUACGGGGCUGUGUCUUAUGGCUGAUGCGUUUAAGGGCGUUUGGUUUGCGGGAUAUACGGAGGAGCCGUAUACUUUCAAGGUCUUGGGUAAGAGCCAUGGCCGGUUACCGGUUCUGGUAGCGGAUUUCCUGCCGGAUGGUGAAGAUCUGGCUAUUGUUGCUGCGGAUGCGGAUGGCGAUUUACAUAUUCUCGACUUCAACCCCGAGCAUCCUAAGUCUCUUCAGGGCCAUCUCCUCCUCCACAGAACCUCAUUCUCCGUCUCCCCCAAUCCCCCCUCAACAACACUCCUCCUC